GUCGAGGUUUGUGAGAUCAUUGUUGAAAAGGCGUUAAUUAUGUCUCGGGUCGUGUACUAUAACUACUAGUCACUGUACAGUACGCGGACUGAGACAGAGCAAAACGCUACACGGUAACUGGUGUAGUACCUAGUGUGCAAUGGCUGCGAGCAGUUUAUCAGAUAAUUUUUUUUCGCGGCCCCAGGAUCACGAUGAUCGGAUUUAUUAUUACGUCGUUAUGUAACUCCGAUCACGAACCCUAUGCAAAGGAAUCCGGUUUAGUAAAGCCAACAGAAAUCGCCGGCACACGAUCUCUCACGUAAGAGUGAUCUUUCUGAGAAAAGUGACAAAGUAUCCGUACAACCGAGAUCAGCUGAAUCUGCAGACGACGAGACUUUGUCGCUUUUAAUGAUUGAGAGCGGUAAUAUGGCUAAAGAGAAAUGGACGUCGGAUUGUGUUAAUAUUCAGUCAAAUGGUAAAAACGAACAGAUAAAAAGAAAUGCCGAACAUAGACUUAGCAUAUUGUCUAUAGUAUAUAAUCCAACUGCACAUCCGACAUCUUAUUUAGAUACGCUGAUAAAUAUGUUGAAAGGAAACGUUGGAUGUGGAAUUUUAGCUAUGGGAGAUGCAUUUAAAAAUGGAGGAUUACUUUUGUCACCGGUUUUAACAUGUUUUAUUGGAAUUAUUUGUGUUUACAAUCAACAUGUAUUAGUGCAAUGUUCAAAAAGUGUUAAAGAAAAACUUAAAUUACAACACAAUCCACAAUUUGCUGAGACAGUAGAAUUAUCUUUUCAAACUGGACCAGAGCGAUUUCAAAGUUACUCAGUUUUUUUCCGGAAUAGUGUAAAUAGUUUUAUAGUCAUCACUCAGUUGGGAUUUUGUUGUGUUUAUAUUCUCUUUGUAUCAAAAUCUAUUCAACAGGUGUUGAGUUGGUAUGAUAUAUAUUUAGAUGUACACAUCAGUAUAUUGAUAUCAAUGGUGCCUAUAAUGAUUUCAUCGCUCAUCAGAAGUUUAAAAUUCAUUGCUCGGUUGUCUGCAAUAGCAAACAUAUGUAUGCUCGUGGGUUUGCUUGUAAUUAUUUACUAUUGUUUUACUGAUUUACCACCAAUAUCUUCAAGAUCCGCUAUUGCUCAUUGGACAUCAAUACCUCUAUUUUUUGGUACCACUAUUUUUUCAUUCGAAGGAAUUAGUUUGGUCUUACCGUUAGAGCAAGAAAUGAAAAAACCAAAGAAAUUUUCGACUCCAUUCGGAGUAUUGAACGUAGGCAUGAUAAUUGUUACGAGUCUUAUAGUUCUUACCGGUUUUAUGGGAUAUUUAAAAUUUGGAGAUGCAGUGCGAGGCAGCCUUACUUUAAAUUUACCAGAACAAUUUUUGUUAUCUAAAGUUGUAAUUUUGAGUAUGAUGUUUGGAAUUAUAUGCACUUAUACAUUGCAGUUCUAUGUACCAGUUGAAAUCUUAUGGCCAAAAGUCGAGCAAAAAUUUGGCCCUUUCAAAUCUCCUUUACUUUGGGAAAUUGGCUUACGUGUAUUAUUGGUGCUCAUUACUUUCAUCGCGGCCGACGUGAUACCGCACCUGAGCCUGUUCAUAUCGAUGAUGGGAGCCGUGGCCAGCACGUUCCUGGCGCUCGUAUUCCCGCCGCUGUGCCACAUGGCCGUGACCAGCGCCGACAACGGCGGCAACGGGUACGGCCCGUUCAACUGGCGGCUGACGGUGAACUGCGUCACGCUGGCGCUGGGCGCGGUCGGGUUCGUGACGGGCACGUACGCGAGCGUCUACGAGGUAUUCGGCGCGUUCCAGAAGGUGGUGGUCACCGCGGCCGCCGUCACCAACAGCACCGGCACCGGCAGCAACUUCACCGCACUGGAGGCGCACUGAAACGUCGUCGUCCGCCCCGUCCUCCACACGUCGGAGGCGGCUCCGCGUGAACGCGCAAUAACGAUAUUAUGACAACAAUACAACGAUAUUGUAAUAAUAACGUUAUCGUCGUCGUUUCCGGCCGGACGUAUUCGUCGACUAUGACGUGCACCACUCGCGCACCCCCAUUCAUCCCCCCCCACCAACCCGUACGAUCGCCAUACCUCGCGCACACGUUUAUGUGUAUAUAUGUAUAUAUAUAUAUAUAUAUAUAUAUAUAUAUGUAUGUGAGUGUGUGUAUAGCAUUGCAUAAGUACCUAGGCACAACGUCGUUAUGAUGUGACAUAACAAUAAUAAUAUUAUGAUGGAGACGUGCAUGCGUUUAAUAUUCGUUAAUACCUAUGUAAAAUGUAUAAUACAAUUAUUUAUGUUUUAAAUCAUAAUAUAUCAUGUACAAUAGUAAUUCAGGGUCGGCCGUCGCGAACGAAAUCGCGUUAGGGUUCGUGCGCAUAAAAAACAGUUUUCCUUUAUAAACGCACGUUUUAAAACUAGUUUUAAACGAGGAAAAAAAUAAAUACAUUAUAUAGUAUACGUGGAUUUGUGGCGGUCAGUUCAAGAACAUCACUAAUACCGAAUUCGUACGUAUUGUAAGGACGAUUUUUUUUUUUUUUUUUUACGACUUGUGUAUACCUAUAAAUAUCAUGAUAAAAUUAACUGAAUUAAUUAGAUUCCUAAAUUUCAACAUUAGGCUAUAAAUUAAUUUGGAUUAAAAACAAAACACGUUUGAAUCAAUUAGUAAAACAUAAUAAGAGAACACGUUUUUUUUUUUGUAUUUUUGAAUAAAAUACUGUUUUUUUUUUUUUUUUAUCCAACCCUGAAUAGAAUCGAAAUCGUAGGGUAUCGAAUAUCAUAUGGUCACGAUUAUUGUAUCUUUAUAAUACUAUUUUUUUUUUUAUAAAAUUAUGAUAUAUUAUAUAAGACCGGAACAGUGUAGAUAUAACGUCAUAUUAAAUAUAAAUAUAAACAUUUUAAUAUUAUUGUUUUUAAAAUAUUUUUGCUUCCCGUUGACCACCACCCCUACUCUUUGCUCAAAACAGUAUCAAUAUGAAGUAUUAUGUAGGAAACUAUUGUUCACUUAAAAAUUGCAAUACUUGAUUUUUUCCUUUUUUUUAUCCUGUUUUCUACAAGUAGUUUUUAAGUUAUUACUAUAUUUUGUCAUUACAUACUCACGUUUUUAUAGUAAAAAAACUAUUUUUAAUAAAGAAUUAUUCUAAUACAUAUCAGAUGCAUAAUAUACGCAAUCUAACUCAAGGUUUAAGUUAUGUCUAAAAAUUAG